UUUUUCGAACACAUAAAUCAUUUUCCAUUUCUCUCCCGAGAGACAUGUGCGAGAAAAAAAGAGAGAGAAGAGUUUGAAAAGUUUCUGAGAAAUUCUUCGUAGCCAUGACGGAUGGUCCUCUUUACAAUAACAUUCUUCUUGGUGGUCGUGGCGGCACCAACUCUGGGCAGCUGAGAGUUCAUCCAGGGGGUAUUGCAUGGAAGAAGCAGGGUGGUGGAAAAGUGGUUGAAGUCGACAAAGUUGACGUUGUUGGUGUAACAUGGAUGAAAAUUCCUAGGACAUAUCAGCUUGGUAUUCGAACAAAGGAUGGUGUGUUCUACAAGUUCACAGGUUUCCGUGAUCAGGAUGUAAGUAGCUUGACAACAUAUAUUCAAACCAAUAUUGGAGUAACACCAGCAGAAAAACAGCUUUCUGUAAGUGGAAGGAAUUGGGGAGAAGUUGAUCUAAAUGGGAAUAUGCUAACUUUCGUGGUAGGUUCGAAGCAUGGUUUUGAAGUAUCGUUAGCAGAUGUCUCACAGACACAGAUGCAAGGAAAAAAUGACGUUGUCUUGGAAUUUCAUGUGGAUGACACCACUGGUGCUAAUGAGAAAGAUUCGUUGGUUGAAAUGAGUUUUCACAUACCUAAUUCCAAUACACAAUAUGUUGGUGAUGAAAAUCGUCCUCCGGCACAGGUUUUCCGUGACAAAAUUAUGUCAAUGGCGGAUGUUGGUCCAUCGGGCGAAGAAGCUGUUGUCACGUUUGAGGGGAUUGCCAUCCUUACGCCUAGGGGUAGAUACAGUGUUGAACUGCACGCAUCAUUUUUACGGCUCCAGGGACAGGCCAAUGAUUUUAAAAUUCAAUAUAGCAGUGUUAUGCGCUUGUUUCUUUUACCCAAGUCCAAUCAACCACAUACUUUCGUUGUUGUUACUCUAGACCCGCCAAUCCGAAAAGGGCAAACCUUGUACCCGCAUAUCGUAUUACAGUUUGAAACAGAAUUUGUGGUUGAAAGUACCUUGUCACUAAGUGAGGAUGUUUUGAAUACCAAGUAUAAGGGCAAGUUAGAACCAUCAUACAAGGGGCUUAUUCAUGAAGUUUUCACUUCCAUCUUGCGUGGUUUAUGUGGCGCCAAAAUUACUAGGCCAGGAAAGUUCCGUAGUUGUCAAGAUGGAUAUGCGGUGAAGUCUUCUUUGAAAGCUGAAGACGGUGUAUUGUAUCCUCUCGAGAAGGGUUUCUUCUUUUUACCUAAACCUCCUACCCUCAUUCUCCACGAUGAGAUUGAAUUUGUGGAGUUUGAGAGGCAUGCGGCUGCAGGCACAAAUAUGCACUACUUUGAUCUUCUUGUCAAAUUAAAAAGCGAGCAAGAACAUCUCUUUCGGAAUAUUCAAAGAAAUGAAUAUCAUAAUCUCUUUGACUUCAUUAGUGGCAAGGGUUUGAAAAUCAUGAACCUUGGGGAUGGCCCAACUGCAAAAAUGGGAGAACCUGAUGUGCCUGAUGACGAUGCUCUUGAUCCCCAUCUUGAGCGGAUUAAAAAUGCUGUUGAAGAGAGUGAUGAAGAGGAUUCUGAUUAUUCCGUGAAAGGUGUUGAGGAUGAUGGUGGAUCUCCUAGUGAUGACUCAGGAGGGGAGGAUUCUGAUGCAAGUUUAAGCGGAGCAGAGAAAGAGAAGCCCACGAAGAAGGAAUCUAAGAAAGAAGCUUCUACAUCCAAGCCAGCGCCAGCAAGUAAGAGGAAACCAAAAGACGGAGAUGAAGAUGGUGGAAAAAAGAAGAAACCCAAGAAAAAGAAGGAUCCAAACGCACCGAAGAAGGCUAUGUCUGGUUUCAUGUUUUUCUCACAAACUGAAAGAGAAAACAUAAAGAAAAGUAACCCUGGAAUAUCAUUUACUGAUACGGCAAAGGCACUUGGAGAACAGUGGAAGAAAAUGACAGCCGAGGAGAAAGAACCAUUCGAAGCAAAGGCCAAGGCUGAUCAGAAACGUUACAAGGAUGCCAUGGCUGGGUAUAAAGGCGAUGCUCCGACAACAAUUAUUGAUUCAGGGAAUGAAUCUAGUGAGUAGGGUUUCUUUCAUUAGUCCGUAUCCCAGAUCAGGGUACCCGGUAGAUAUUAGGCCAGUUCCAUUUUCAGUUCAGUGUCCUUGAAAAUAUAUGGGCUUGUAUUUUGUUCUCAGUCCGGUAGCAAGUUGAAUGUUUUAUUUUCAGUGGUGGAGGCUUUCCGCUUAUCUUCACUUAAUACUAAUCAACCAGUGUAAAUGUAAGUCUGAGGUAAGUAAUCCCCUGAAAGAAGCUAGUGUUGAAGUCCAGUACAACAACAAAGCUUUUACCUAAAAAAUCGGGUUCAGUUCGAA